AUGCAAAAUCCUUCUCCAAGAACUGUAUUAUCCUCAUAAUCUGAUAUCAGAAUCUCCUUUCUCAAGUUCUUGAAAAUGUUGUCCCUCCAAAAUGGACAAAAUACAAAAAAUUUUCUCAUCACAAUAUCCACCCUCGCUGCUUCCACAGUUCUUGUUCAUAGCAUUUCCAAAAUUUUCAUGCCUUCCAGAAUCCGAAGAUUCAUCUUCCCCAAUCUCCAUAGCCUUUCCUGUCAUCCCUUCUCCUCUCAAUUAAACACUAUAGUUAUAGAAGAAUAUAAAGAGCAUCACCUUAACCAAAUGUUUCAGGCUGUUAAUGCCUAUUUGACCUUCAUAGUGAACACAUCAAAUGGCAGAGAGAACCAAGCUGAGCAAGCCAUUGGUAAAGAUCAGGAAAUACCUGAUGUUUUUCAAAAUGUACAGGUAAGUUGGAAAUUGGUUUUUACAAAGAUUGGAUCCUUCGACAAUAGGAUUCAAUAUGCAACUGCUGAAUCCGAAAUAAGAUCCUUUGAGCUAACUUUUCAUGAGAAGCACAGAGAGACAAUGCUGAAUUCAUAUUUACAUUACAUUUUGGAGCAUAGAGAAGCGAAAAAGAUUCAAAAGUUUCGGCUGUCUUGUUAUCGUCCCUUGAACUGGCAGCCUGAUGACACAUUUGAUCACUCAAUGACAUAGACCCUUGUGUUGGAUUCAGAAAUUAAGAGAGCAGUGUGGGACGAUUUCAACACCUUCGUGAAUGCCAAGGAGUUCUAUGGAAGGAUUGGGAAAGCAUGGAAACGGAAUUACUUGUUAAAUGGUCCUCCUGGCUCUGGCAAAUCAAGCUUGAUUGCAGCCAUGGCUAAUCACUUAAACUAUGACGUCUACGAGCUAGAUCUGGCAGUUUUUCCAUCCGAUUUUAAUUAUAACUUUUUUGUGGAUAGAAUCCCUAAUCGAUCUGUACUUGUGAUAAAGAAUGUUGAUUGCAGAAUUGAGCAACCAGAGAACCCUGAUCAAAAUGAGGAAAUGCUACUCCAUUGCACGGAUGGACUUUGGUCAUGCUGUGGCAAUGAACGUAUCAUAAUUUUCACUGCGACUCACAAAGAAACGGUUAGUCCAGCUCUAUUAAGGCCUGGUCGUAUCGACAUGAACAUCCACAUGCCGUAUUGUAGCAUCUCUACAUUCAAGCAAUUAGCCUUCCAUUAUCUUGAAAUUCAACAUCACGAGCUUUUUCAAGAGAUUGAAGGGCUCCUAGAGGAAGCUGAAGUGACCCGGGAAGAAGUCUUAGGAGAGCUGAAGAAGAAUAGUGAUGUGGGAGUUUCUUUCCAAGGUCUUGUUGAAUUCCUUCAUAGAAAGAAAUUGAAGAUGGAUGAGGCUGAAACUAGCACGAGAGUAGAUGCCAAAGAAUGGAAUUAGCUAGGAGAGAGAAGAAAACCAUUAACAACGGGGUCAUUAAUACGGUAACUUAAUUAUAUGUUGAAUUUCAUCAAUAGGCCAUUGUUUGUGGGUGGCCUAAAAUGGCUUUUGUGUAGGCCAUUAUUAGGCAUUAAAUUUGUUGGUUGAUCAAUGGGUUUACACACUAAGAUAGAGCAAAUUAGGUUGCCCUUUGCCAAAUCCAAACAUUUUUAUGAGCC